CAUAAUAGCCAAACAAAAAAGUGCAUGCAUGACAUAAAACUUAAUUACGCUAAUUAAAUUAUUUUCUCUCUUUAAAUAUAUACUUGUUAAUAAUAAUUAAAAUAUAAAGUAUGUAGUACUGUACCACCUAAUUAUUGAUUGAUAGUACUAUUCUCUACCUUAUUAUUUAACACUUAUAAAAUUCUCACUUCAAUCCCAAACCAAAGCACCAAACACAACUCCUCCAAAAAAAACAAAGAAAACACACACACAAAUUAAAUCUAAACAUAAUAACCACAAUAGCCACAAUAAUCAUCAUGAAUACCAAACACUUUGUCACGAUCUUCUCAUUCCUAACCCUAAUCUUCUUCCAUGCAACAACUUUAGCCACAACCCCAACUGCUCAUGCCCCAUCCCAAUCACCAGCACAAGCACCAACCAAACCCUUAUUAGCUCAACCCCCAAAGAAGUCAAAGUCUUCUUCGGGGGCGCCUGCCCUAGAUUCAGUGGCCUCUUCUGCUCCACCCUUGUCACAAGAGCCAAUAGUCCAAGCUCCACCCCACAAAGGCCGAAGCAGGAUCCCCACCGACGUGGCAGGAAUCCUCGAAAAAGUAGGAGGCUUUAGUGUCUUCAACCGCCUCCUUAAAAGCACCGAAGUACUCACUCAGAUCGAAAACCAACUGAGUGCCUCAAACAGCUUAACCAUCUUAGCCCCAACAAACGAUGCCUUCGCCUCUUCACUCAAACCCGGAACACUCAACACCUUAACCAAAGAACAAAAAAUCCAAAUGAUACAAUACCAUGUUUUACCAACUUUCAUUUCACUUUCGAAUUUUCAAACCCUAAGCAACCCUGUCCGUACACAAGCUGCUAAUACGUAUGAUUAUCCUAUGAACAUUACUACUGAAGGUAAUUGGGUUAACAUAUCUACCGGUAUUGUUAAUGCUUCUAUUACCGCCACAGUGUUCUCUGACGAUCAGUUGGCUAUUUAUAGAGUAGAUAAGGUUUUGCUUCCUCUCGGUGUCUUUGCACCGAGACCAAAGCUUCAACCUUCUCCUUCACCCUCCGCUCUUUUGGCUAAGCCAACAAAAGAUUCUUCAUCAAAUUCAUCAUCAUCAGGUUCUUCUUCAAUGUCCUCCAGGGCAGAUGGCCCUGGUGGGGCAAGUGAGGAUAAUGAUGAUGAUCAGAAGACGAAUAGUGCUUCUAGUGCAUCUGAUUUUACUAUUAGAGCUCGAAUGAUGUCGUUUGGAGCUGUAAUAGUUUCCAUGGUCGCAACAAAAUAUAUUCUUGUGCUUAUUUAGUUUGAUUUAUUAAGUAAUGUUAUGUGUAUAAUCUUUUGUUUUGAAAUAUGGCAUGUUAAAUAUUUUAUUUUUGUUCAUGUUGAUCAUGAGAGGGAGCAUUUGUAUACGUACUUAUUCUCAAUUCGUUUUAAUUAAUUAUUUGAUGUGAAUUCAGUA